AUGACUUCGAAAGAUGAAGAUAAAAUAUUUGGCCCCUUAAAGGAGAGGUGGUUAGAUGUGAAUGAGUUUAGGGGGAUGAGCAAAAGAACAGGGGAGACACAAUUAUUUCGGAAAAUAGGAGGUUGGGUUAAUGAAAUGCUAAAGGAAAUGUUGAAUGAAGGGAGUAAAGGAAUUGCUGAAGGGCUAUGCGCAGAAGUAAUGGAAGAAGGAAGAAGAAUGACAGAGAGCGAGUUAGAAGUAUGCGCCUUUAUUGUUAAAAAUUUAUGGGAUAUGAGAACAAGAAGUAAGGAUCAAUGUGGAAAAGGAAAUAUUAAUGAGGACAUGAAAGAAUUCAUACAAUGUGAAGUGCUGAACAUGUGGUUAUAUGAAUACCAGAAUGCGCAUUGUAAAACAGCUAAUAAUGUUAUAGGGGGUGCAUUCGAAGCAAUGAAAAAACUUGACGGAGAAUUCAAAAUGAAUGCAGGAUGUAAGGAAUGCGCACCCAAAAGGUUGGACCUCAUAGAAAUAAAUGGUCAUCCAAUGUUAGGAACUAUUCUUAGUAUUGUUAAGGGAGAACAGAAAGUUAUGAAAUUAAUAGAGAAGGAACCAAAAGAUCCAUGUCCACAACAACAACCACAUUUAACAACAGCAGCAGCAAAGGGGACGACCGCCAUCACGCCAGAAGAACAGUUUGCCAAUAUAUUAGAAGGUUGGUUAAAACAAGGAACAGUAAGUAAUGAAAAUGGAGCUAUAAUUUCGUAA